UGUAAUGACCGAGCUAAAUCAUGACGCGAUCACAUGACCUUGCACGUGUGGCAUGACGCGAACCGAACAAACUUUGCCUAAGUCUUGCUUGAACUUGCUCAUCACAAUGGACGGCAGCAAAAUAGGGCUGUUUGGUAUGCUGCGGCUGGUGAAAUGGAUGACUGAUGAGCAGGUAGCAGCAUUACCGAUCAACGAGGAGACAAUUGCCUUUGAACGCGACCCGACGGCAGCAGUGUUCGUCUGUAUUGCCCAGAGAUCAAUGCUCUGCACGUGAAGAUUGUGUUGCUGGAAAAACAUGGCAUGGCCUUCAAUCCUCGACGUCUUUGGCAGAGCAUGCCUCACCAUCGACGGCUGUGAAUGGAGUGAAGGCCGGAUCCUGGAGGAGACGGUGAGUGCAUGACUUGUUUUUAUUUUUCGAGGUGGGGAGACGA